AUGCCACGCGAACAAGUUGAAUGGUUUACAAAAGAAUCAGUACAUGAUAGUGAUAAAAUACAAGCUCGGCAAAGAUGUACGUAUUAUUCAAUUGUAAAUGUUAACAAAAAGAAUUAUCCAUAUUUGAGUUCGUACGAACAAGAACAAACAUGGACAUUAACACGAACAAUAUCAAAUAAUCAUAAACGAUAUCAAUCGUCAAUAGAAAAUAUUCAUUUAACAAUGCCUACUUCAUCACUAAAAACAAAACGUCGUGAUUAUGAAAAUAUUAGUGUAAUAAAAAAUCGGUCGAAUUCACUUGUACCAACACAGAAAUAUACAUCGUCAUUAUCAUCAUCAUCAUCAUCAUCAUCGUUAUUAUCACUUCAUUAUCCUUCUAUUAAUAAGAAUUCAUUUGUUAAUCCAAUACAAAAGACAGUACCAGUCAAAGCAAUAACGAAAACUAAUUCCAAUUCAAAAAUCAACUCUAAAACUCAAAGUUCACUACCAUCAACGAAAUCGAUGCGCACGAUUCCUGUUACCGGAGACUUUGUCGUUCGAAUAUAA